CUCAAGCAUUAUAGAUCGUCGAGAUGGGAGGAAUUGACGUGAAGAACAAGGUUUGCCCUUUAGUAUAUCAGUUUCUGAUAGAUAAUGGUUUUAAAAAGACGGCAAAGGUUUUUGUAAAGGAAGGUAGUAUCGAAACUAAUGAAAAACAAACACCUGAGAAAAGUUUGGUAGAUUUGCUGUCUUAUAAGGAAAUUGUCCCUUAUGUUUCAAAUAAAAAGGAAAGUUCUAAAGAAAAGGAUACUGGAAACGUAAAGAAAAACACCAAGGAAGAAAGCAGCGAUGAGUCAGAUUCUACAUCUUCGUCUGAUGAAGAAUCCUCCUCUUCAAGUGAAGAAGAAUCUUCAGAGUCUUCAAGUGGAUCUAGUUCUUCCUCUUCCUCUUCUGACGAUGAAAGUUCUGAUAGCAGUUCUUCUGGUUCCUCUUCGUCAUCGUCUUCUGAAUCUGAAUCCGAGUCUGACGAAGACUCCUCCUCUUCCUCAUCUGACGGUGAAAGUUCUGAUAGCAGUUCUUCUGGUUCCUCUUCAUCAUCGUCUUCUGAAUCUGAAUCUGAUGAAGACUCCUCCUCUUCCUCUUCUGAUGAUGAAAGUUCCGAUAGCAGUUCUUCUGACUCCUCUGAAUCUGAGGAUAGUGAAAGUGAAUCUUCACAGAAGUCUUCUUCUUCAAGCGAUUCAAGUUCUUCUAGCGAUGAAUCCGAUUCAGACUCUGAUGAGGAUAGUGGAUCUGAAUCAAGCUCUUCUAGCAGUUCAAAUUCUUCUUCUGAAGAUUCUUCGGAGUCAGAGGACUCUGAUGAGAGUUCAUCAUCCAGCGAAUCCGGUUCGGAGAAAAGUUCCUCCACUGCCACUAAGGUCGAGACUCCUCAGUCAUCAAGUUCGUCCUCAUCCUCAACUUCUUCGUCAUCCAGCCCAUCUACCUCAUCUAAUGAAGGCAACAAACGCAAGUACGAACAUUCUCAAAACGAUUCAGCUUCAGUAAAAUCCGCUCGUUCCGAAAACAAGCCCUUCAGUCGAGUUGGUGACCCUUCCCAGUGGACUUUUGCUUCUGAAGCUCAUAAAAAUAAUUCUUUUAAUUUUGGUGAGGAUGAUUAUGGAGCUAAAGCUAAUCAGGACUUAAUCGUAACUCGUGGUAAAGGAUUUCGUCAAGAAAAGAAUAAAAAGAAGCGUGGUAGUUACCGUGGCGGUAAAAUAAAUUUGGACGUGAGAAGUAUUAAAUUUUAGAUUGCUUGCUCUUUUCGCUUCUUGGAUUUUGGUAUUGAUGGUUUUAUUACGGAUAGGGAUGCGUUUCUAUAUGUAAAAUUAUUUAUAGGGAACACAUGGUAAAGCAAGAGUGAGUACGCGUCGUUGCAGAAGUAUCAAACAUAUCUUCUACAAAGUGAAGG